AACUGCCCUGCCCAAUUUCGGCCCUAGAGAAAAAUGGGUAUGGGCUAUUCUGGGCGAUUUUGGGUUUAAUAAUUUUGAAGGAGGGGGGUUUUUCUGGGUUGUCCUCCCACCGCCUCGCCCUCACGACGUAACCGCUUGGAGAACCAGUCUGCAAGUGAGAAUCAUCAAAAAAACCAGUGCGGUGAGAAUUAGGGUUCUCUUCUAUCAGUUUCUAUAGAUUUGUAAGGGAAAAAAACAUGGGCGGCAAAGGAAGGAGGAGGAGAGAGAAGAAUUAUAGAGCUGCUCAUGGUGGUCCUGCCAGACUCCCGCCGCCUCCUGAUCCCUCUCAAGUCGAAGCUUUACCUUCUAAACUGCGCAAAAUCAUGUCCUUCACCGCCGAUUCUUCUCAAUAUUCUGCAAAGGUUUCAAAAAAGGAACGAAAAGCAGCAGACAGAGAUAAUGAGAAAAAAAAAGACCCAAAGGAGAAUGAAAUUAAGUUAAAAGCUAAUGAGAUCAAAGAUGGAAGUGAAGAUAAGCAUCAACACUCAGAUAGCGAGGAAGAAACUAUGCAGAAUAAUAAAGAUGGAAAGAAAAACAAGAAAAGAAAGAGGAAGCAAGUAACCGACCUCCGGUUUGAAACAACGUUGGAUAAGUUAGGCGGCAGUUCUAAACGACGGGAACGCAAGAAAAAGUGUUUUGAAGCAAAGAAGAAAAAGCAUAAGAAUGCUAGAACAGAAGAGAACUUGGACUUUCCUGGAAGAGAGAACAUAAAAUUUGGAGAUGUGGUUGAAGCUCCAUUGAAGUUGGUUACAGUACCCAAGGGAUCCAAGAUCUUACUAGAUGCUUCCAAGGAGAGGCUAAGGUUACAGGCUAUUGAGGCCUACAGGAAUCGCAAAGGAUGGACCUCAAGACCAGGGGCACCUCAACUACCUCCUGCGACUACAUGAUAGUCAUUGAAGACUAUUUCUAUUUCGAGUGUAAGCUUCAAUUGACAUUGUUAAUUUGUUUCUGCUUGCCUGAGCUAUAUGGUGUCCACUUGAAUGAGUGAUUAUCCUGCUGUUUAGUGUGAACCAAUUUUGUUGGAGAAAAUUGAUGUCCUUAAUUUUUGUUGAAUUG